ACCGAAUAGCACGCAUGCGCGCCGUACACAAAGGCGCUCCGGAUCGGUAAAGGUUAAAAAUGAGAAGAAAUUUGUCUCCAGGAAGCUCAAACAUGGCACACCAGUUUUGUUGACUCUGUCUAGAUAUUUAAUAAGUGGAGCAAGGGAUUCAAUCGACCAUCCUUCCUACUCACACUGUGGGGAGGGAUUAACUUGGUCAUUUGACCAACUGGCAAGCCCGUCAUUUUACACAGGAAAAAGGCCAUUCACUUGCUCAGAAAGUGGGAAUGGAUUCACUCAGUUAUCUCAAUUGGAAGGUACAAGUUCACACUGGGCAAGGCCAUUCAUCUGUUCUGUGUGUGAGAAAGGAUUCAGUUGGUCUUCCCAUCUGUGGACACACCAGUCAGUUCACACCACACUGGGCAGAGGCUGGUCAUCUGCUGAAUUUCUGGGAAAGGAUUCACUCAGUCAUUUGACCUAAUGGCUCACCAGCGAGUUCACACCAGGGAGCGGCCGUUCACCUGCUCAGUCUGUGAUAAGAGAUUCACUCACUCUUCCACCCUAUGGAAACACCAGCGAGUUCAUACUGGGGAGAAGCCAUACAUCUGCUCAGUCUGUGGGAAGAGAUUCACUGAGUCAUCCACCCUACUGGUACAUCAGCGAGUUCACACUGGGGAGAAGCCGUUCACCUGCUCUGUCUGUGGGAAGGGAUUUACUCGGUUAUCCCACCUACAGAGUCACGAGCGAGUUCACACUGGGGAGAGGCCUUUCACCUGCUCAGUCUGUGGGAAGAGAUUCACUGAUCCAUCCAACCUACAGAGACAUCAUCGAGUUCACACUGGGGAGAAGCCGUUCACCUGCUCAGAAUGUGGGAAAGAAUUCACUGAGUUAUCCAACCUGCAGAGUCACCAGCGAGUUCACACUGGGGAGAAGCCGUUCACCUGCUCAGAAUGUGGGAAAGGAUUUACUGCUUCAUCCACCCUGCAUAGUCACCAGCGCGUUCACACUGGGCAGAAGCCUUUCACCUGCUCAGUCUGUGGGAAAGGAUUCACUCGGUCAUCCAACCUACAGAGUCAUCAGCAAGUUCACACUGGGGAGAGGCCGUUCACCUGCUCAGUCUGUGGGAAGAGAUUCUCUCAUUCAUCCACCCUACAGAAUCAUCAGCGAGUUCACACUGGGGAGAAGCCAUUCACCUGCUCAGUCUGUGGGAAGAGAUUCACUCAGUCAUCCCAAGUACAGAGUCAUCUGCGAGUUCACACUGGGGAGAAGCCGUUCACCUGUUCAGAAUGUGGGAAGGGAUUUACUCAGUUAUCCCAACUACUGAGUCAUCAGCGAGUUCACACUAGGGAGAAGCCGUUCACCUGCUCAGUCUGUGGGAAGGGAUUCACUGAUCCAUCCAACCUACAGAGUCAUCAGCUAGUUCACACUGGGGAGAAGCCGUUCACCUGUUCAGAAUGUGGGAAGGGAUUUGCACAGUCAUCCCAACUACUGAGUCAUCAGCGAGUUCAUACUGAUGAGAGACCAUUCCCCUGCUCAGUCUGUGGAAAGAGAUUCACACAUUCAUCCACCCUACAGAGACACCAGCGAGUUCACACUGGGGAGAAGCCAUUCACCUGCUCAGUCUGUGGGAAGAGAUUCACUCGGUCAUCUGACCUACAGAGUCAUCAUCAAAUUCACACUGGGAAGAAGCCGUUCACUUGCUCAGAAUGUGGGAAGAGAUUCACUCAUUCAUCCACCCUACAGAAUCACCAGCGAGUUCACACUGGGGAGAGGCCAUUCCCCUGCUCAGUAUGUGGGAAGAGAUUCACUCGCUCUUCCACCCUGCAGAGACAUCAGCAAGUUCACAAUGGGGAGUGGCCAUUGUUAUGAAUCCCUAGGUUUCAUUUGCUGUGGACUGUCAUUUGAAGAGAGAGACAGAGAUUAAGAAGGUGAAUCAGUCUGACUUACAGCUUAUUUACAUCGCUCGCAGCUUGUUUAGUUUUAACCGAUGACACAGACACUCUGAGUCAGAAGGAGGAAAAACGGAAGGAUCAAAAUCCAGGAACCAGCGGCCAAGGGUCUGAUGCGCCAUCAAUAACUCUCGGAGACCUGAGGCGAGAUAUGGGCUUUUAUUAGCUGAAAAAUUGAACACUCUCAGCAGCAGAACAGCAAGAGAUCAAGGAGCCGUGCCUCCAAUCUCCUUUAUACAGGGGUCUGUGGGAGGACAUAGGAGCAGUCAGCAAGGGGGGGGAACGGGACGUGUCCU